GGAUAAUGUUUGAAUUUCGCGAACCUUUUCACACAAGAAGUUCGGCGCAAGUGCAAGACAACUUUAGCCAAAUUUUCGACAAAUCGGCGUUUACUCGACAACAAUGGCCAAGGACAAGACCGAAAAGAAGGAGAGAAAGGAGAAGAAGGAGAAGCGAUCUGAAAAGGACGGUGUCUCCAAGUCCAAGAAGGAGAAGAAGGAAAAGAAGCUUUCUGAAAAUGGCGAUGUUACCACCGCUCUGUUGAACACCCUCGAGAACGAGAAGCCCGGAUCAGUAGCAGUCGACAAUGAUGGCGAUGUCAUCAUCCAUGUCGAUGGAGAAGGUGCCGCUGCUCCUGUGGGUGCAUUGGUCCCCUUUGCCAACCCAUUGGCCGACGAGAAAGCCACAAAGAAGGUCCUCAAGAGCGUCAAGAAAGCCGCGAAGAACAAGUCGCUUAAGCGUGGUGUCAAGGAGGUCGUCAAAUCCCUCCGCAAGUCAGAAACAACUGUGGCCAACGGAGGCGCCGCUCCUGGCGUUGUUAUCCUCGCGGCCGAUAUCUCUCCUAUGGAUGUCAUCUCUCACAUUCCCGUCCUCUGCGAGGACCACAACGUGCCCUACCUCUACAUUACCUCUCGAGCCGAACUGGGUGCGGCUGGCAGCACCAAGAGACCAACCAGUGUCGUGAUGGUCACGCCCGAGCGUCAAGGCAAGAAGAAGGACGGUGAGGAGGGUGAGGAGGACUUCAAGGAGGUGUAUCAGGAUCUAGUGAAGCUCGUGCAGAAGGAAUCGCGGAAUGUCCGUGUCUAAGUUAUCUGUUCGUAGUUCUCAGGAUUCUCAGGAUCAAAAGGCGCAAAUGGGUUGCAAAUCGUGUACUUGUGCAUAUUAGAGGUUCAUCAUUUAUUCCCUCUUCUUAUUAUUCGAAAUGGAU